GCCAAAGCCAGACCGAUUGGGGCCCUACGGCCUCAGUGUCGCAUCGAAAGUCUCCCAGUUGCUUUGCCAACGUUAGUAAGAAGCUAUUUUAGCGACAUCGUAGUGACAAAGGAAGUUAAAAUAAAUUUAAAAAAAAAAAAAAAACCUUAUACCGAGAUCAGCGGUUCUAGUCUACGAUUAACUCGGCUGAUUUUAUAUAUUUAGUAUCUCCUGGGCACGUCAUCAUGGCUAAUCAGAUGACAGAUCAUGAUCACAUCUCGUUAUGUUUGUUUCGAAACUAACUAAUGUUUUUUUUCUUGUUAUUUUUAUUAUUUUUAUUACGCGUCUGAUCUUUUUGACGUCUUUAAAAGCUCCAUCACUGGGUUAUAAGUCGUGUAUUGGCAAUGGAGGGUGAUGGUGUGAGGAAGGAUGAGCUCUUCACUGGAGUCUCCUCUUGGGUUUGUCAGCCACCUGGAAGACAGAUCACUCAGAUCAUCUGUGCAGCACCACUGAACAGCACCUCUGAUCUCCCACAGCUCAACUCUGAGAUCUGGGGCGAGACCGAUCUGAUGUACUUAGAACGGGGCGAGGAGACAUCGCCGUGUUUACUGAGAUUGGAGCCAGGCCCAAACUGUGCAGCUCUCAUCGUCGGUGUAAUGGUCAUCAGUGAGGCUCGGACCAUGGAAGUGUACUCUGGGAGUGGGGAGUAUCUCGGUACGUGCCGCGGGGAGGCAGAUUCUGCCCUGUAUUUCAGCAGGGUAAGUGAAGGGCAUCCCUUCUACAAGAAGCACUUGAAAUUUGAGUCUCCAACGACAUCUUGUGAAGUGAAGUUGCUGUCAUUGGGCGGCCGAGCAAGGGUGGGGAUCGGCCGGAUCGCACUGGGGCUGCAGGCCGCCGACAUCACGGGCAGUCCCCCUGCCACAGGGCCAGGCAUCGACCUGCAGUGCGUCCAGUCGUUGGUCGACUCCAUGGGUGCCACCCUCUCACCCGGGGCACAGAGCCUCAUGGACAUGGUGCAGUUUCAACAGAAGAACAAGAUGGAUGUUCUGGGUGGGUUUCUGCCUCUCCUAAUGGGUGGUGGGCCUCUGGCCUCUUUAACGAAAGGAGCUGUCGCAUCCCAAAUGGAUGUAGGUAUCGAAAGGCACACAUACGCUUCGCAGCCUAAUGCAGAGCCAGCAUCACAGGGAAUUAUGCGGAACGUGGUUUCCACGGCGAAACCUGAAGCAGGGCACGGUCCACCCUCACAGCCCCUGCCCCCCUCAAGCAUCAAUAGUAGUGACCACAAGCUGACAGGCUUUUUGGCAUCUUUGCUCAACGGUCACCCUGGACAGAAGUCAUGCAGCCUGGGGCCUGACAUGCUCCCGGUCCUCCACAAGGUGUGUGGUGAGGUGGCAGAGCUCCGCAUCGAGAACGUUGGGUCCAAGAGCGACACGUCUGCAGAGCAACAACAGGAACACAGGUGCUGUCGUGUCCUGGAGGAGGUUAUGGAGAGGAGAAUAGCGGAGAUGGAGAAAAGGCUCAUGCAGCAUAUUGAUCAGCGGCUGGAGACCCUGCAGCAAAACCUGCAGCACACCCUGCUGGCUGCGCUGCCACCCAGCGUCCAGGGAGCUUUUCACAGAGAGCCGUGCCGUGGGCCGACCUUGUUGAAUGGGGAGUCAUGACUGUGGCAAAGUGACACUCAGCUUGUCCAAUUGACAGCAAAAAUGGCUUUAAAUGGCACUGGACGGUUAAGGGAGGAAUAAUUUAUUGGCUGAUGACUUUUCACACUCCCAUCAUUUCUACAUCACCAACGUGAAACUCUGCUCUUCUGCCAUGACACUAUUGAUGGUUAGGGUUUGUAUGUGUAGGUAACACAAAGGCACCGCAGUGCUGAGGAACAUGAUCGCAAAGCUGCUCCUGAAUGGCAAACGGAGAUUAGUUUACUUUAGAACAGUAUGUUUGUAUGUUUAUGUAGAGUUGCAAUACUUCAGGGCAUGACUAUCAGGCUGAGUUUGUAGGUUCAAGUACUGAAAUCACAGCUUCAGAAAUGUACAAACCUGAAGAAGUUCAUAAGUUCAUGUCUUUUGUUGCAUUAUUCUGGAGCAAGUGGAACUUCAGUGCGACUACAUGGAUACAGGAGAUGCUGCCUUAUUCAGAAAGCUAGUGAUGGCAUGCCUCCCUGAAGCGGUAAAUGCUUCCAGUCAGUGUAAGUGAACAUUUCAGUAUGAUAAGAUCCUCUGUCUUGGUUAUUGUUGACUAUAUACAGCAUGGCUGUAAAAAUAACAUGAAAAUUAACUGUCUUCUUUCUGAUUUAACUUUUUUUUUUUUUUUUUUCCUUUUCUUAGCACCAUCUACUAUUUCUGUUCCAGGAGCCUCGUCAAUUCUGUACAUCCAGGGAAUUAGCAGAAUAAUGUUAAUGGUACCCAGGUUUCAACUGAGGAAAGGAAAUGAAAAGUCAGUAGUGCAUUACGUAAUGUAGUGCAUAUGUGUAAACCCUGUAUUUUACUGUAAGUCACACUGGCCUUGCUGAGUAAGCUGAUAUUAAGUGGUUGAACUAUAAAUAUUAGUAAAGUGCUGGUUAGACCACUAGAAUGUGGGGUCGGAACCUGGUUGGGGUGUAGCCAGAGCUCCUGUGAGCGAAGCAUUUCACCUUAGCUAACCCCAGUACAAACAGCUGCUGAAUGCUGUAUUCCUUAAGAUGCAAGGAUGUAAAUGUUUGAGGCUCAAGUGUUGACGGGGAUUGUGACAGAAAAGCCAUACUUUGUAUUAAGAAAAGUGGCAUAAACAAAGGGAGGGUGUGGGCUUCAACUUAAGCAGCUCUUGAGUCACACCUCAACGUACGGUGACAUUCCUUACUCUGAUUCUGUCAAUAAAGCAGUUAAAAGCUAAGAUGUCUUUCAUCAAUAACCCACAAAUGCACUUUUAUGAAUCACACGGACAAGUGAGGUGGCAUGGUGGUGCAGCAGGUAACAUAAGUGGAUGCGGAUUCGAUCCCUGCUCAUGUGUGGAGUUUGCAUGUUCUCCUCAUGCUUGUGUAGGUUUGCUAUCUGUACUUUCCAGCUUGCAUGUCUCUAAAUUCCCAGUAGUGUGAGUGAGUGUGUUACACAGCUGUUUUGUAUAAAUGGGCGAUGACAGUAGGGUGUUUAGUGCAGUGUGUCUCAAUACUGUAGGUCACUUGAGAUAAAGGUCUCAGGUAAACACUGGGCAGUAGUUGUACUUUGGAGAAAAGCAUCUGCUAAAUGAAUAAAUGUAAGUGCCAGUCCUGUGUAUCCCAUUAACCUGCUUCUCCUUGUGCUUUGACCUGCACUCUGUGUAGUCCUACUUCCCCUUGGUCGACAGAUACAGGCCAGGACCAUCCAGAAUGCUGAGCUGCAGAGAGUGCAGGCAUUGUUUUACAAUCCCAGGAGAAAUGCAAGUCAGAACAUUUGGCUUGCUGACACAUAGUCAGGCUGGGGCCUUUCUGGAGAAGUGGGUUACAGCUGCCUCUCAUAAACAGGCUUCCGCAGGAGAAUGUCGGGCAAAGCGCUUCCAACUGUAUCAACAAAGUCCCCCUUCGGUUAUUAGUCAGGAUCCAGGACAGGAAAAAGAGGCUCUGGGGUUGGAAGGGCUGG